CGUGCACGUCGCACGACGACGCGCAGCGACGUCGCGGUUUGAUCAUUGGCGUGAUGACAGCAAAUAAAUAGUAAUUACUAGUUACGUGUCAUUAGCGGUAGGAUGCAGGAUCGUGUCCGUGUGAGUUGUGACAAUCGACGCGGAGCCGCUACGCCGUGUGUCGCGCUUACUCAUUCCGUCACUCGGUAAUUCAAUCCACCAAGAUGCAGACACUCAUGCCGGCGUCAGUGACGUAAUUAGAUAAGCGCGCAUUCAGGGCAAUAUAUAACGCGUUGAUGACCGUCAUUUAACGCACGAUAAUUAUCGGCACGCAAAAAUUUGAGUUUCUCCCUAGAAAUUUAUUAUAAUUUCUUAAUUUCACGUAAUAUCCUUGUACUAAUCUUAAAUCCUUUACUAUUUGUUUUCUUAUCCUUUAUUAUUUCUUUCAUUACUCGGUCAAUUCACGCCCCGAUCGUAAAUUCGGAGCUACGCCCUCUCCCCCGGUCGGGGUUGUUGCGCCACUUGUUCCUCAAUCCUCAGUUGCAGUUGCGUCUCUGGAUUGGUAUAUUCGAGAGAUCAGAAGCUGCGAAUCGUUUUGUCGUCUGACAAUCGAUUAUACAUGUACAUUCACAGACCGACCAUCGCUCGAUCUGCACGCGAGGCUGGAAAUUUAGCGGAAAUCGGGGAAUAUUAUUCGCCCAAGAUAUUCUCUGCUUUUAGCAAAAUACCGUCAUGUACUCAUGUACGCGAAUGUGUUUGGUUAUGCGCGUGUGUGUUCGGUGUAGCUGCACCUCUUCCCACGACGAAGGUGCACGUUUGAGUUUCUUCUGGACGGCAGAAGAGACGGAAAGUGCAGGUGAACGACGCGCCCGUGCUCGAGAUGGCGCUCGCGUUUUGUUUUGGCGGGAAAGUUACGCGGCGUUUCUCUGCCUCGCCGCUUCCUUCCUCAGUCCUCUUCGCCCUUGUUCAUUGCUACCUUGUCGCGGCUCGACUUUCGGAACUGUUCCGAACUGCAUUUUCGCCAAGAGAGCCACCGUGACCGAACACUGCGUUGAGGCCCCACGAGCGUUGUUAUUCGAUCCACGUUGAUUUGGGAGUCAGCUGGUUUCGAAACACAAACGAGAGUGAACGCCCUCGCGAUAAUCCGUUGGUAAAACAGCUCUUGAAGCCUUCAUCAAAAUGUCUGGCUCCAUUGGGAAACUGUACAGACGUCCGUUCACUGUAUGCGUGGAGGGCAACAUAGGAAGCGGUAAAACAACGUUUUUAAGCCACUUCAAGAAAUAUGACAAUGUUACAGUAUUAGAAGAGCCGGUUGAGCUUUGGCGUGACGUGUCUGGGACGAAUCUACUGGAAUUAAUGUACAGAGAGCCGACUCGUUACGCCUUCCUGUUUCAAUCUUACGUACAAUUGACUAUGCUCCAAUUGCACACUUGUAAGACACCCUUGCCGUAUAAAAUCAUGGAGAGGUCCGUCUAUAGUGCAAUGUGCUUCGUCGAAAACUUGAAACGCACGCACGUACUACGUGACGUUGAGGUCACUGUCUUGGACAACUGGUAUGACUGGUGUUUGCAAAAUGCCACUAUAGAGACUGAUUUGAUAGUAUACUUAAGGACAACACCUGAGCUCGUAUACGACAGGAUGAGACAACGAGGUCGGAAGGAAGAGAACGCUGUCUCGUUGGAGUAUCUGAAGCAAAUACACGAGAUCCACGAUGACUGGCUCUAUCACCAAAUACUAAAGCCGGUGCCGUCGCCGGUUAUAACCAUAAACGGUGAUCGGGGGCUCGAUGAAAUGGUGGAGGAGUUUGACAAAUGUAAAAAUGAAAUCUUCAGCAAGGUAAUAGACGACAGCGACAUAAAUAAUACGAUGAUUACGGUAUCGAAAAAUCACGUGCUACCCGAAAUUAAAGCUGUUUCAGACUAAGUCGUAGAA